UAGUGGUUCAGUACAAUUUGAACGCUCGGUGGAAUUGUUCUGUUGCCAUUCACAACAUUAUACUCAUUUAUAUUUUAUAUUAUUUUAGAUAUUUUAGAUAUACAAUUCGGGUAUCGGUCUAUUUAUUUAUUUAUAUUUAUUUGCAACCAAAAAAGAAAACGAAACGAUUUACCGUUUAUGAUUGAUUGUGUGACGAAAUAUAUGGACAUUUGAAAACUUGUUGAUUCAGACGAAAUUAUUAUAUUACGAAUGGUGAACAUAGUGGACUGUAGGAUACGAUCAUCUCACCAGAAAAUUAAUUAUUAUUAUUAUUAUUCUAACGAUUCAUACCGCGAUAUGCUUAGUGUAGUAUAUAUGGCGCGAUGACAAAUUUUGUGUUGAGUUAUUUGUUGUGAAUAACUUUUGCCUGGGAAUAUAUAUUCGAUGGGAUUACGUCAUUUUAUGUGUCCACGUAGUCAUAUAGAAAAUUCUUCGUAUUAUUUUAUGAAUGAAAGUAAUAAAAUCGAAACUAUUCGUCCCAAGUGUUUACCCAGUCCCGAAUGGUGCGUGACGAGCACAUCCAUUUCGGCAUUAUAGUCUCGUUACAUUUUGAAUUUUAUAAUAUUGAAAUUUUAUACUGAAUGGAUCGCUUGAUUUAACGAGUUUUAACCAGAAAUUUGAUAACAACGAAGAAGAAAAAAAAAUUGUUGUGAUUUAGUGUUCAGAACAGUGACAGUUCUAAUUAGAGUCUAAUAAAAGUGUAACACAAAGACGAUUGUAACAUUGGCGUGGCACGUCAAUGAUAAACUUGCAGAGUGAUUAAACUAUAUAGCAAAAACGCGUCUGUGUAUUCAACGAAUCGGAUAACAUUUCGUUAAAAAAAUUUAAUUUUUAAAAUAAAAUUUUAUCGAUUAAUCGGCCGGUGUUUCUUCAAAGCUAUUUGUGAUUACGAAUCGUGAUGUGUUUCUUGUUUUAAAUUAUUUAACUUCUCGAUUUAUAAAACGAAGAGAGACAGAGACGGGAACAAAAAUUGUUUGCCGCACUUGAAUAUGGAUUUAAUAUCAUUGCCGCCUUGUUCGAGACAUUUGGAUAAUAAUAUGACUGACUCAUCGAUCACAGAAACGUUUCACAUAUCUACAGCAUUUUUAGCUACAACACCUGUAAAAACCGACCAACAAAUAUUAGAGAACUCAAUGCUAGAAGAUGAUCCGAAUGCAAAUUCAGAAUUGAAUGCAUGUAGGGCGAAUGAAAAUCAUCCCAGAUGGGGUCCACAACACAAGGGUGCACAGGAAUUAGCUAAUCUAUACAGUCCAGGAAAACGAACUCAAGAAAUAAUUUGCGUGUACGUUUGCAUUGCGCUGAUGAUAUUAAAUCUAUUUUUGAUAAUAAAACAUUUUCGCACGGAACGCAUAAGCGUGGUAAUUGCUGCGGCAUUUUGCGGCAUUAUCACCGCCGACUUUGGAUCGGGUUUCGUGCAUUGGGCAUCCGACAGCUAUGGGUCCGUGGAUUUGCCGGUCAUUGGAAAGGCGUUCCUACGACCAUUCCGUGAACAUCACAUAGAUCCUACGUCAAUAACCCGACACGAUUUCAUUGAAACGAACGGCGAUAAUUUUAUGGUUGCGCUGCCAAUUUUAUUGAAGUUGGCGUACAAUUUUCUGGCCAAAACAAAUGCUGAAAUCAAUCAAGAUUUCCCGGUCAGCGCUUACCUGUUUCUCUGUUCAAUAUUUGUCGCAAUGACAAAUCAGAUUCACAAAUGGUCUCACACAUACUGGGGCCUGCCGAAAUGGGUGUUAUUUCUGCAAAAUAAUCACAUUAUUUUACCACGACGACACCAUCGAAUACAUCAUGUAGCACCUCACGAAACGUACUUUUGUAUCACAACGGGGUGGUUGAAUUGGCCAUUAGAGAAAUUAAGAUUCUGGUCGACUUUAGAAAGUAUCAUCGAGUACUUUUCCGGCUACAAACCACGAUCAGACGAUCUGAAAUGGGCACAAAAGACACAAUAAGAAAGCAAUUAAUAAAGUUUUUUUUUUCUAACUAGCAAAAUGUUAAAAGUAAUGUUUUUGUACCAAGUACCGAACAACGAAUAGUUAUUUACGAGCCAAGGAUAGAAACGGGAAUCGCAGAAUGUGCGGUAUGUAGUAGAAAAUGUAGUGUAAGUGCAAAUUUGUUAAUUGAGCGACUAUAUAGUCACUUGUUGGGUGUGUGUAAAAGUUCUUAUAAUGGCAAGGCAAAUUUUUUGCUUCCGUUCCAAAAAUCGUAGAGAAAAUAGUUACGUUACUUUGCGUCUUAUGAACAGCUCUUUAUGCAACAGUGAUAAAUUUUAUGUGCGAGUGCGAGAAAUAGUAAUUGCGACUUAGAACAUAGACAUUUUGUAAUGAACCUGAAUUAUGAAAAAUCGAAUUUCCUCUCCUAUUUACGCAACUGAGAGAAGUAUACCCGUUGUUAGCUUUAAAGUAGUUUUGCGAUCUGAAGCUUUGACCUUACCAACAACAAAUUUAGUCAAGUGGUUUUAUUUAGCAUAAUUGACCGGAAAAAUUAAAAUAUUUGGCAGCUGGCACUACGAUCACUCAUGCUUGCAGUGCGUUGGAUGAAGCUAAAUUGUCUUUACGAUUGUUGGAAAAAAUAACUAUUCGAGGUACUUGAAAAAUUAAAGCUCGGUAUAGGAUAGGUCUGGAAAAUUUACUUGCUGAAUUUGCUAAAAGUUUACAAAAUUAGUAAAAAAAAGUCUUGGCAAAUUUUAAAUAGCAAAUUUUGGAAAAUCUUAUCAAGUUUUGGACAAUGUUCGAAAGCAAUCAUUUAAGUCAAUUGAUUUUUUGAUCAUUAUUGUCGAAUGGUCGACCUGUUCCGAGCUUUAACAAAAAAAAGAAAAUUGUAAAACUUUGUACGAAAACAGCUAAAGCUUUAAAUCUGUUCAAUUUGGUAUUAAAAAUGUUAAUUAUUGUUUUUGUUUAUAAAGUUUAUCCUAAAUAAAUAAUUUAUUAAUUUUAAA